AUGAGAACGCGCAACAAUACGGCAGCUGCUCCUGCUGUGGCAGGCCAGAAUAAUGCGACUCCUGCUCCUAACGGGCAGGGUCAUGGCCAUGCUCGCACCUUGUCUGGCGCUACGCCGUUUAAUGAGUUGACGCCUCGCAGUCCACCGAAUUCGAGUACUAAGAACACCAAGCAUGUGCCCUGCAAAUUCUUUCGUCAAGGCGCCUGUCAAGCAGGACCUGCUUGUCCAUUUCUUCACUCGACCGAUGCGGCGAUCGACUCUGCUCCGUGUAAAUACUUCACAAAGGGCAACUGCAAAUUCGGAGCCAAAUGCGCGUUGGCACACAUCCUCCCCGACGGUCGUCGAGUCAACAGACCCAACUACGGCGGCCAAGGCGCUGGUGGAGGCAGUCAUUUGAACUUAGGCGGUCGUGUAAAUCCGCAGACAUUCCAGACUCAGGACUCGGCACUUACGAACUCGGUUUUGUCGCAGCAACGAUUGAACGGGCAGGAUGGUCGAUAUGGUGGCGGUUAUCAGUAUGCUGGACAAGGACAGGAGGAUUUACUGGGUGUUCCCGGACAAAGUCAUCUCCAUCAACAGCAUCAACAACAAACUUUGGAAGGGCUUGGUUUAUCUACGGGAGAGAACGGGCUGGCCGCUGAUUCCAAGUACGGUUCGCCAGUGGAUGAGAGCCGAUUACAGACCUCUCCCCGCGUCGGAGCAUUGACUUUGCGGGAUGUACAACUUCCGGCUUCGUUCGAUAGUCAGGGUAUUUCGCACGUGGCUCGGUACGGUCCCGUGGCAGCCUCGGUACCCUCGCAGUUUGGGUUGGAUCUCGCCUCGCCGCCGAUUCAGAGGGCGCCUUCUGAUACGUUGAGGACUCUGCGCGACACGGCGUUUGGAUCUGAUUUGCGCAAACCUACAUCGAACUUCGGAUCGUCACCACCGGCCGUAGUUGAGGAUUCGUAUACUUCUUCACGGUUCCUCCACUCGCAGCGCAUGGUACCUCGGUCAAAGGUUUUGUCAGCAAGUGUCCCUCGCCCAAGUAUGCUGGAUGACUGGGAUGACAACUUCGCCAUGGAAGAGGACUAUCUACCGGUCAACUUGCACGACGACGUGCUUACGCCACAGGAGAAAAUGAGACGCCUAUCUCGAACCGAGCACGAACUGAGCAGCAGCCAGCGCGACUUUAGCGGCUUUGAUCGUAUCGCUGGUACCAGUGCAACCAAAGUGGGCUCCCCGCUGGGAUCAAGCCCAUCUCGCUUCGGCGCAUUGUUCGCACGCCAACGCCAGAGGAAGGAAGAGGAACAACAAGCAAUGACAUCUUCAUCGUUUAAUCAUCUGCACAUCGGCUCACCACUCCGCGAAUCCUCAUUGCAUUCCUUCAGCAAUGCCACUGCCAACAACAACACGUCAAGCCCCAGCUUGCGCCCAAUCGGUAGCCGGCCUACAUCAGGCGAUAUAUCGCCAUUCGUCUCCAGCCCAAAUUCGCGUCAAUCUUCCAUGUCCAUGAUUUCCCAGCAAUUGCAUAAUAUGUCUCUCCACCCGACCACCACUUCUUCAACUUCUACAACCGCGCAUCCUCCGCGACAGUCAGUCAACAACCUGAGCACCGCCAGAACAGCCUCUUCACCCAUGACAUUCGCGACAACGACCAGCCGCAUCGACGAAGAGGAGCAGAGCGACCUCGUCUUCUCAAUGGAGGAAGAAGAGAAAGAAAACAACAAACGCAACAGCAGUACAACAGCGUGGGGGGUGCCCUCAAGUUCACCGUCGUCCUUGGCAUACGAGAACAAGAAGCCAAAUAUCUCGGACUCGUCGUCCGUCUCGUCGGGAACUACAGAGACUAACGGUUUCUAA